AGUGCAUUAAGUGCAUUCAAGUGCAGGACCCAAAGGUACCUAACAUUAUGUACUUUACAUACCUAUGCGCAUGAAAUGUUUAAUAAGAACCAAGUCUGGUAUGUGCAUAUGGAAACUUUUAGCAGUAGAUAUUUCCAUAUUUUUCAACGCCUCGUCGUUUUGCACCCACUGGGCUGCAACACAUCAACUUUACACUCCCCCCCCCCCCUCAUCACUAGACUCGAGCCUUUUCUCUAGUCUACUAGAAUCUUUUCAACUGCGUCGUGUAGUCUUUUGUGCUUUCUCGGUUGAGAGUUUGUCUUAACGGUGGCGCCUACGAUUCCUUGUUGACCGCAGAUAAACCGGUACCCAACAGCAUUUUUGUUGUCGGCGAUAGCAUCACAAAUUGAGCAGAAAGAGAUCAAAUAUUCUCUCUAAUUCUGUCAUUGUUAACGCUAAUAGAGAGAGCUUAACAUCUCUAAAAAUGGCUGCUCUAGGAGACGACCUGUUACGGAUUGUUAACCAGCUACAGGACCUGGUCUUUAAUACAAUCGGUACAGACUCCCUCGACCUACCUCAGAUUGUUGUCGUCGGUUCGCAAUCAGCUGGCAAGUCUUCGGUACUUGAGAAUAUUGUUGGCCGCGAUUUUUUGCCCCGAGGAAGUGGCAUUGUAACACGUCGUCCGUUAAUUUUGCAAUUAAUCAACGUUGAAGAGGACCCGUCCGAACCAGAUCUACAGGCCGCUUACAAGAGUCCCACUCAAGCACGCCGCUCAGAGUGGGCUGAGUUCCAUCAUACACCCGGUCGAAGGUUUACCGACUUUGCAGAUGUCAAGCGUGAGAUUGAAAAUGAGACCUCUCGUGUUGCCGGCAAUAAUAAGGGCAUCAACAGACAACCCAUCAAUCUAAAAAUUUAUUCUCCCCACGUUCUUAACUUAACUCUAGUUGAUCUGCCAGGUCUCACCAAGGUUCCCAUCGGUGAUCAACCAGCCGAUAUUGAGAAGCAGACUCGAACCCUCAUUUCUGAAUACAUUGCCAAGCCCAACAGUAUCAUUCUCGCCGUCUCCCCCGCAAACGUCGACAUUGUUAACUCGGAAGCUUUAAAACUUGCCAGACAUGUUGAUCCUUUGGGCCGUCGGACGAUCGGUGUUCUCACCAAGGUAGACUUGAUGGAUCACGGUACAAAUGCAUUAGAUAUCUUGUCCGGCCGAGUGUACCCAUUAAAGUUGGGCUUUAUCGGUGUGGUCAAUCGAUCACAGCAAGAUAUUCAGGGCAAUCGACCCAUGGAAGAUGCUCUUAAGGCAGAGUCGGAAUUUUUCCGACACCACCCUGCCUACCGAACGAUCUCUAUGCGAUGCGGAACCCAAUAUCUAGCCAAGACCCUUAACCAGACUCUGAUGGCACACAUUCGGGAGCGGCUACCAGACAUCAAGGCGCGCCUUAACACGCUGAUGGGCCAAACUCAACAGGAACUUGCAAGCUAUGGAGAUAUGCAUUUUAGCGGAAAGGAGCACCGAGGGUCUAUGAUUCUUCAGCUUAUGACUCGAUUUGCUACUUCUUUCAUUUCGUCCAUCGACGGUACCUCGACAGAUAUAUCGACCAAGGAGCUGUCUGGAGGCGCGCGGAUUUACUACAUUUUCAACUCGGUCUUUGGUAGUGCAUUGGAGACAAUCGAUCCUACCUCCAAUCUUUCUGCUCUCGAUAUCAGAACAGCCAUCCGCAACUCGACUGGUCCUCGACCAAGCUUAUUUGUGCCGGAAAUGGCCUUUGACCUACUAGUCAAACCUCAAAUCAAGCUGCUAGAGCUCCCCAGUCAACGCUGCGUCGAGUUGGUUUAUGAAGAGUUGAUUAAGAUAUGCCACACAUGCGGUUCGACUGAGCUCUCCCGGUAUCCCAGACUUCAGGCCAAGCUUAUUGAGGUUGUAUCGGAUCUCCUGAGAGAGCGAUUGGGACCGUCGUCGUCCUACGUCGAAUCCCUUAUUGCUAUCCAACGGGCUUACAUCAAUACAAACCACCCUAAUUUCUUAGGGGCAGCGGCGGCCAUGAGCCACGUGGUCAGCAAUAAACAAGAGCGCGAGAGGAAGAAGUUAAUCCAGGAAGAAAGAGACCGCCGAGAAAAGAAGCGGUUGAAGGAAUUUGGAACAAAUGGCACCGAGACACCAAACGAAGAGGAAGGUCCUGAACACGAUAGGACUGAAGCUUCACAAACGCGAAAGCCAGCCGGAGUAGGAUCACGGAGCAUGUCACCUGUUGUCCGUGAGAACGGGACUUCCAGUAUUGCCGCCGCCAUGAAUGGCACGCGCUCGGACUCGCCUAACCGGUUCAAUCAGCAGGCGAUUGGAACUGCUCGCGAUUCGUUCUUGACCUACUUCUUUGGAAAGGAUGGUCAACCAAUCCAAGGUUCCGGGCCUGGAGCUCCUUCUGCACUUCCGCGCCAUGUCAGCCAGGGCGUGGAACCCACUUUCAGUCAAAGUAUUAGACGUAGUGAAGACAAAUUAACGCAUCGACCGGCGUUGUCCUCGUCGUUAGCCCGCGAGGAGCUUGAGAGCCCGAAAGCUGCCGGGUUUGGUUUUGGGCCGCAGUCGGGCGAUGUGGAACCGGCCUUAAGCGAUCGAGAGGCAAUGGAGACGGAGCUAAUCCGCGCACUUAUUUCCUCGUAUUUUAACAUUGUCCGCGAGUCUAUCGCUGAUCAAGUGCCCAAAGCCGUUAUGCAUUUGCUCGUCAAUCACUGCAAAGACGUGGUGCAAAACAGGCUUGUCAGUGAACUCUACAAGGAAUCUCUAUUUGAGGAACUCCUUUACGAAGACGACGGUGUCAAGAAGGAGCGCGAGAAAUGCGAGAAGCUACUGCAAACCUACCGGGAAGCAGCUAAAAUCAUUGGAGAAGUGUUAUAAUAGGGCACAUCCGAAGGCCCACCACACUACCUCCACCACCACCACCAUCUUGUACUAGAAAUCGGAACCAUCUCCACCUGGCAAAAAAAAAAAAAGAGGUUUAGGUUUUCCACGUAGAAGAGAAGAAUGCGAUAUCUAACUUGCCCUGUCAUCUCAUCUGUACAAUUAGACUGGGGAAUGGCCAAAAAGAAAAAAAAGCUAAGUUGGCCUGCCUUCGCCCACGUUCUCACGCACACUCUCUCGCAGGGUUACUAGUCUCUAGUUGCUUAUUCGUUCGGUGUGUUCUUUCUUAGUAUGCACGGACGGGGGGGUCAAGGUCGGGAAACACUUUUGAGGCAAACAAAUUUUGUACAUACAACGCAGACUAUGCUCCUCUUCCACCUUUUUUUU